AGAUGCAAGAGGCAGAGAAAUGGCUCUUUUGGGUUUUUGUUGCUGCAAAUUGUCGCAUCUACCCAGCAAGAUAUGAAGAGAGUGCGAUCCUUGGCUCGCUCCUUAAGUUGUCCUCUGUUUAUCGUUUGUAACAUUGUAUGUUAACUUGACUCGCUAAUUUGCUGCUUGAAGCAAUACUCCAAAUCUGUAAUUGGUAACUGUUCUUGGAAUCAAUAUUUGAACAGGGUGGAGUCUGGUUGGGCGAGGACUCUUGAUGAAAAGGAGCUAAGUUGGCCUCUUAGAGCAUCUCCAUCAAUGCAAUUGCAAAAGAAAUUGCAUUUGUAUUUUUUAUUGUCAACUCAAUUUUUUUGCAAUCCACAUCACAUUCAUUUCAUUCACCUACAUCAAUGCAAUUAACUUGCAAUUGCAAAUAUAAUUAAAUAUUAUGUUUAAAUUAUAGAAAAUUAAGUAAAAAAGAAAAGAAAAGAAUAUAAAAUAAAAAAUCCCCAUUUUUGUAGGCUUUUUUGACUUGCAUAUGGAAUUGCAUUUGUUACAAACUUGCAAAUAUGCAAUUGGUAGUAGGGGUGGCUAUACGGUCCGGUCCGGUUAAAUUGGACCAAAUUGAUCCGGUCCCAGUCCGGUCUUUUCGGGAAUAUAAGGACCAAAGAUUGGAUUGGAUACAGUCCGGUCUUGAUCCGGUUCUGUCCCAAUUUUAUCUUGAUUUUAGGUGUUGGGGGUCUCUUAUCCGGUUUUUUUUACCUCAAAUCUAAGCCCGAAUAUGAGAUUGCAUUGUUUGCUAUCCGGUCCCAGUCCGGUCCCGGUCCGGGUUAUACGGUCCGAUUUUGGGUAAAACCAAACAGUCCGGGACCAAAUAGCCAGCCCUAAUUGGUAGCCACAUCAAUGCAUUUGGUUUUGCAAUUGCAAACACCUAUGCCAUAUCAUUUUGCAAUUGAGAAUGCAAUACCAAUGUGGAUGCUUUUAUAAAUAACUUUUCAGCCUGAAUCACUUGAGGAGAGAAUUCAGGUAUUAGAGGAAGGGAGGAGAUAGGGUGCUAACACUCUUAUCUUAUGUGUUAGAGCAUGUCGAAAGGUAAUUAGCGGACAUUGGUAUUGAGAAAAACCACAAAGAUCAUGUGGAAGAGCUCCACAAAAAUUUAUACUCACGAACUACUGACUCUAUUGAUCGAAAAAAGACCGAUCUACAUGUUAUUGAGUAAGAUCGAACACAAAACUACCGACUCAAACUCCCAUUAAAACAGUACACGUGUGUGCAACUCUUAUUCAUCAAAACACAUCCAGCUUACCAAAAUUACACGAAAUCAUUUAAAAUAUAUGAUAUCGAAAUUUUCACCAAAAAAUACCAGAAUUUAUUAUAGAUAUAAUCUCGCCUUGAGGUUGGGAAGCCAUGGAGCAUCAAAUGGCAUAGGUGAAGAAUAAAGCUAGAUACAAAAAUGAAUGAGUUUAGUUCCCUUAGGGUUUGGGAAGCCAUGGAGCAUCCAACGGCAUAUAUGUCAACCCUCUCAACGUACAUCGAUAUUCUUCAGACGAUAACCUAAUUUCUUAGAUCUAUAAAUAGUGUCCUUAACUGGAUCCAAGGGAAGACUCACCCACACUUCCUUUCUUCCUUUCCAAGAGUAAUAGUAUUCUCUAUAUACAUAGCCCAUUAAUUAAGUAGGCAGCAUCUGAAACAAACAACGGAAAUGAAGGCUGUUUUCGCUCUCCUCUUGGCUCUUGUAAUGUGUGCUUUUGGCUCCUUCAAGCAAAUGGAUGCAACUUAUGUCCAUGACGAGAACAGUCAACAGAUGACCACCAUCGUCGCUGCCAGGAAGCUGCUUCUUUCUCCAGUCGAUCGGACAGGAAAACAAAUGCCACCAACAGCAACAAUACUCGUCCAUUGUUGGGUCACCUGUUGUUGUGAGUGGGGAUUUGGCCGCUGUACCUACUGUUGCGAUGAUCCGACGGACUGCUUUUUUGCGAUUAACGGAACCAGUACCACCGUGAAAAAAUCAGACGAGCAAGGGACGGCUCCAUCCGCUGCCAAACCAAGGGAACAGAUCAGAACCAAAUAAGAAAAGAUUUUAUGGCAUCAAGAAAUGACAAAGAAAGGAGGGUUAUGCUUGCAGUUGUUGCAGCUCUUCAAGAGUGAUCAUGAUGUAGCGAGGAUUGAGAGAUCAUCGUUUCAGAAUAAUGUAUCAUCGAUAUAUAAUAUAUAAUCAAAUAUAUAGUAGUUAAAAAGAUGGUAAUUCCGUUCUUUUCUGUCCAAAAAUUUACUAAUUUGUUUCAAUAAACCAUCUCGUAAGUCGUGGGUCUAUAGUCCUCAAUUUGGCCCGAUAAAAACUCAUUGCGCAUGCAAUGCAAGUGACUCUAAUAACUAAUAAAUCCCGAACGGUCGAAAAGCAAAAGAGAAAACUGAUAUUUAAGAUUGUCCCAAGAAUUGAACCAAAUAUAUAUGUAAUAAAAUGUCUCAAGAAUGGCAAUAAAAACGCCAAUAUGGCCAAAACAUAGGGAUGUGUUCUUCUUCUUGUUAUGUGCCUUCUCUCAACUAUACGCCUAAAGUUUGGAUUACUUACGAAUAUAACUUUUUAAUAAAUAUUAACACUAACCGUGACUUCAAUAUACCAAUGGACUAGAUAUGACAUGGUCGCUUAUUCCGGAAUAGUUUUAUGCAAAAAUAAAAUAAGUAUUUUCAUUACCUGGAUAUGAUGACUUCAAAAUGUGAUUUCAAAUGACGUGAAACCACGAAUAAGAAGAAGAUGAAUUACGACGAAGAGAGAGAAAGAAUCGGACUAGAUGACCAAUGAAGUCUCGUAUAUGGCUUAGAGCAUGUCGAAAUAUUAGUAGCGAAAAUGACUAAAACCACAAAGAUGUAAAAGAGCUCCAUAAAAAUUUGUACUUGUUGAUUAGUGACUUUGUGGAUCAGAGAAGACUGAUUUGCUUAUUAUUGAGUAAGAUCAGGUACACUACCGACUCAAACUCCUAUUAAAACACUACAUUGAUGAUGAUUCUUAUUUAUCAAAACAUAUCCAGCUUACCAAGAUUACACGUAAUCAUUCAAGAUAUGUGAUCCCCGAAUUCACCGAAAUACCAUAAUUUUAUUAUUUAUAUAAUUUAGAUAACUUAUCUAGACGGCAUAUAUAUAUAUAUAUAUACUAGUCAAUUGGCCCGCGCUUUGCGGCGGGAACAAUGCGAUAAAUUAUGAACUUUUAUAUAAUUCUCUUCACAAUACAAAAAAAUUGAUAAAACUCGUAAUACUUCAAUUAUUUUCUUCUAAGACUAUUGAGAAUUACUAUAUCAAUUUUGAACUGUAUUUCACAACCGAAAAGCGAAAGAUAAAAGAGACAACGAUAUAGCAAGUGUUGAUGAUUGGGCUAAAGUAUCUCAUAGAUCUAAGAGAUACACACAACCAUUAAAAGCGAAGAGUGUUAUGUGUUCAUUUAUCAGUAUACCAAAAAGAAAAGUGUUGUUCUUGAUAACAAAAAUGCAUUCAUAUUCUAACAUUGUCAAUGAUUUUUGAAAAUAUCUCCAAUUAUGAUCUAACGACUUGUUUUGGCACUUGCAUUCACAUUUGAAAAUAUAGAGUUUUUCAUUUGGUAUAAGAGAGUCUACAACCAUAGUGUUCACCUCUUUGUAAUCCAUAGCAUCCCAAUUCCCAAACAUAAAACUCUGCCAUCUAGUGUACUUUCUAACACAUAAUUCUGACAUAUCUAAAAGUACUAUAUCAUUUUCACCCAUUGAGAUGGGUCCAUUGUUACCAACUUAUCAUCAAUUAACCAUAUAUCUACCCAAGAAGUUAAAAGCAACGUUUUAGAGAUUGAAAUCGUGCAUAAGGUGCUAAACUAAACACUAUUACCUUUUACAACAGACCGUUAUACAUUGGCAUAUUAGUUUUGAAUUUUGGUAUCCGAGCAGGAGAACUGGAAGCAUAUGCAUAUAGGUAAUAGAUAUCACUGACAUAAGAUACCAUUGAUCAAUUUCCCAAAAAAACACUUUUAUACAGGAUUGAUUUUUAAAGAGCCAAGCAAAUCGAGGAAAGUAGUGAUAGACAAAUAACGCGACCAAUUGGGUUCUCUACUCUAUUCUUACUGCAGAGCUAACGAAAGCUUAUGACAACACAAAAUCGAAGAUAUGACAGAUCAGAAGGAAAAAGUGACUACAUAGAACUUAAGGCACACAAAUGAAGAUACAAAGUAACAUAGAAACAAACAUUCAAGAGUCUCAAAAUAUACUCAUGGCAGCUGCUGUCCAAGAAUGCAUUAAGUAUUAAUCACCUUUCAAGUACUUAAAAACAACUCAACUAAAACACAGAUGCUAAGCAACCACCUUGAAUUCUAGCAUUGAACUAUCUGUCUCGUGGAAUCUUAUAGUUAUUUUCAGAGCUUGGAUCGAUUCAUAAACCAUUGAAAGCACAAACACAAACUAAUGGUCCACAUAAAUUCAAGCCUGCUCAAUUUCCAUAACUCAAAUAAAGCUUAUGAUGCCGACCCGGGACUAAAAUCCAAUUACUAAGUUGCAAGUAAGUGCUGAUAAUAUAUACUAAUAAGAAUGAAGUCCUGUACAAAUCUUUACAUGAGAGGGGUAUAAGAGCUAAGAUAUUGUAAGUAUAUUGGAUAAAUCAUGUGACAGGCUACUCUAAUACCUAUUAGAGAGCUAUAUACAAUGACAGCUCAACAAACUGGAGAAUAUGAGGUGUUUCAUGUUCAUUGAACAUCAUCAAAAAUACAUCAAGUUACCAUGACCAAUCGCGUGGCCAUGCUACUAUGAUAUGCACUAAUUAUGCAACAUUAUUCAAAAUGUGAAUUUCUAAUGGGGCCAAAUUUAAUUUCAUAAAUGCAAAAGCAAUUAAAUGGACAGGAAGUAG